AUUUUCAUCUUUCUUUCCUCUACAAUGCACUAACAAACGCAUUCUCUCUUCUUCUUCUUCUUUCAAUUUUCACCCACUUCUCUCUUUGUUUUUUAACUCACACAAUCUCCCAUCACCAUCAUCGUCGUGCCAUAAUAACCAUGUCCACCGCCCAACUGCAAAACGACUUGUCUUCAGCUCAACCCUCAUCAUCUUCUAGACCCGCACCCGAUCAACACGCGUCUUCUGCGACCGUGGCGGCUCCUUUGAGCCGCUACGAGUCACAAAAGAAGCGAGACUGGAACACGUUCGGACAGUAUCUGAAGAAUCAGACACCGCCGGUGUCCCUGUCUCAGUGCAAUUUCAACCACGUGCUCGAAUUCCUCCGUUACCUUGACCAAUUUGGCAAGACUAAGGUUCAUAUGAACGGUUGCAUCUUUUUUGGGCAGCCUGACCCUCCGGCCCCGUGCACCUGCCCUCUCAGGCAGGCGUGGGGUAGCCUAGACGCCCUCAUAGGGCGUCUGAGAGCUGCCUACGAGGAGCACGGAGGCUCCCCGGAGUCGAACCCCUUCGGAAGCGGAGCUAUUAGGGUGUACCUUCGUGAGGUGAAGGAGUGCCAGGCAAAGGCAAGAGGGAUCCCUUACACCAAGAAGAAGAAGAAGAGGAGCAGCCAGAUUAAGGGGAUUAGCAAUCACGACACUUCCUCAAAGUCUUUGAAGCAAUUGGCUUCUUGAGAUCAUUCAUAUGAGGGAGAGGGUUCCUCGAAGGACUUACUUGGAAUUAAUGAGCAUAUUUUCCACACGGAGAAAACCAUUGAUAUAUAUUUCAGUUUGUAGUUCAAAAACAUGAGAAUAAUCCUUUAGUCCAAGUAGGUCUUAAAAUUUAUAAUGUACGAAAAUAUAUGUACAACCUUAGCUUAUAAGUUCUUAUCACACAUUAGUGUUGUCCCAAAAUUAGAAAUGGUAAGAAUAUUAUUGUCAAGUUGUAGAAUAUCUUUCUGUCUAAGUUAUUUAAAGGUGCAGUGAGGCAGUUCAACUUCAACCAUAUAGAUAGGUGCUUUAUGUGUUAAUGCUUCUUUUCGAUUUCAUCAUCACUUGGUCUGGUUCUGGUUGGUUACUUUAUUAUUGUAUACAUUAUUACAAUGCACUAAACAUAUAUAUAGUACAGCCGUUUCUUGUUA